AUGGUAGAUGUGCAAAAAGAUCGAAAUGUCGAUACGAGCCAAGUCCAAGCCGGCUCGAUGUAUCAAGUACUCGACAUUUUCGAGUACUUGAGUGACUUCAAGUACUCGAAAAAUUCGAGUACUCGGAAGCUGACAUUUGGGAAAGAAGAUCAAACAUAUCAAUGCCUCACGACUAUUCUAAACUUUUGUACUCAAGAAAAAUUGGAUAUGACCAAUUUCUUAAUGUGUUCUUCAACUCCUAUUUUGAUAGACAGCGUUGUCCUGAAAAUUCUUGAUUCCAAAGAAAUAAAAUACCAUUUUUUGAAUUUUGUGACAGCGUGGUUGGAUUGUAUAAAAACAUAUGAAUUGAAGAAGUCAAUAAGUAAAUUAUCCCAAGACACAGUUAAGGCAUUAAAAAGUAUAAUGCCUCUGUUAUUAAAUUAUACAGAAGAAAAUAGUAUUGUUUAUGACUUUAUUGAAAUGGUACAUCAUUAUGGAGAGAAAUUAAAUAACACCAAAUAG